AUGCCGGACGGCACGAUGUUGGAGUUGGUUCCUUUGAAUUCAGUGCGGCGUUUGCCUGGUGGUAGUUGUUGGCGGUUGCCGGUGGAGAGGACGACGGCUGGUACAUUACGUGCGCGAGGUACACCUUGUCGGCUCUCGGAGGCUGAGUUCUGUACGGGACAGUCGAGUUCGGUAUGGGCGCAAGGUCAUUGGGGACUUGAUCCGGGUCAUUCUGAGCGGUUGCAGCGCUGGCGUGGCUUUCAACAAAUGGUCGAAUUCGCUGAAAGGUUUGAUGCAUUAAAGCCCGGCAUGCACGAACAUCUUGCCGGCUACUGGCUCAGAUAUUGUCGUCAGCCCGGUAACUUUUGGUCUUCAUUACCCUCCGUCCAUUCCAGUUCAUGCACACACAGUUCGCGACAACGCACAGCCUGGUACCGACGACACGCCUUAAGCUACAGACCGUCACCCCUUGAAGACAUCCGCAACGACAUCGCCCUCUGCGGACACUUCACCGAUACCUUCGGACCCGCAGAAGUCCUUCUAGCAUUCCAAACCAGCCGCUCCCGCGACCUCAUUGAAGCACAGAAACAAAACAAGGAACCAGAGGUGGUCGAAACACCACAAGCCAGGACGGCGGAAGUCCAGACAGAGGGGGAGACAAAAGUCCAGACAGAGGUAGAAACACAAGUUCAGACAGAGGUAGAGAAUGGCUGGGGCACCGCUAAGCCCUCCAACCGACUCUGGCCCAUCUGGGAGAUCGAAUCACCCACAGACAAUCUGGUCCCCCAGGCGCGACACCAAAACCCCUGGCUGGCACCCAGCCAGCUCUGGCCCGACGGGUCCACGGCCGUCCUUCGGCCUCUACCGGUGGUGUCUUUCGUCUCAGAGGCGGCCUACCCUAGAGGCGUUUCGACAGCUCCCUUCGACAACCAGCUGAACCCCGGCUGGGCCGUCGACCCGAGAGCUGGCCCGCAAAAUCAAUGGGGUGCCACUAUGCCCUGCAACCGAUCGUGGUACGGAAACCAACCGUGGUACGGGAACCAACCGUGUUUCGGUUGUGAGGUCCAGUCGGAGCUGCAGCAGCAGCAGUCGCUGCGGGCAUGA